UUUAAACCCUCGUCUCUUCCUUGGUAGAGACAUUACUUUAAACACAACACGGCCGCACCUUCUAAGAAAUCUCAUAGGAGAAACUCCAAAGACGGUGGUCCUAAGUUCAACAAGUCAUUCAAGACGGCCUUCAAACCAAGUAAGGAAACAAACAAAGCCGUUCAAUCCAAGACUAUGGCAUUGCAGCUCGAAGACGACGUUCCCGACUUCCCUAGAGGUGGAGUCAGUUCCUUCGGCAAACGCGAACGAGAGGAGAUUCAUGCAGAAUUUGGGGCUGAGACAAAUAAGUCGAAGAAGAACAAGAGGAUAAAGAUGCAAAAGAAAACUGCCGCUCAAGGAGAUGACCUGGGUUCGCUUUUCGGCAAUGGUAUCACUGGAAAACUACCUAGAUUUGCUAGUAAGAUAACUCUAAAGAAUAUUUCUCCUGGGAUGAAGCUUUGGGGAGUUGUUGCUGAAAUGAAUGAGAAGGAAGAAUGCAAAGUUCUUGCACAAGCAGAAUCAAGGUCUUCAAUUCGUCCGCUUGAGGUCAUACUUGAUGACAUUGAACACUCAGAUGUACAUAUUGUAGCUAGUCAAAACCAAGGGCUUAUUGAUACAGUAGACAUCGUAGAUGGGAAGGAGAAAAGACAAGCAAAGGAAGAGAGGGAGCAAGAAAUAAGAGCUGCUGAAGAAAGACUAUUGGAAAAAAAUAUCCCGACAACUGCUGAUGAUUAUGAGAAACUGGUUAGAAGCUCUCCUAAUAGCAGUUUGGUUUGGAUGAAGUACAUGGCCUUUGUACUCUCUUUGGCUGAUGUUGAGAAAGCUCGUUCUAUUGUGGAGAGGGUUCUGAGGACGAUAAACGUUCAGGAAGAGAAUGAGAAGCUUAACAUUUGGGUGGCUUAUUUCAAUUUGGAAAAUGAAUAUGGAAAUCCUCCAGAGGAAGCUAUGAUGAAAGUGUUCCAUAGAGCAUUGCAGUGCUGUGAUCCUAAAAAGAUCCAUCUGGUACUCUUGGGAAUGUAUGAAAGAACUGGCCAAGACAAAUUUGUUGACGAGCUUCUUGACAAAAUGAUCAAGAAAUUCAAGCAUUCUUGCAAGGUUUGGUUAAGGCGGGUGCAGAGUCUUCUAACACAACAGCAAGAUAGGGUUCAAUUCGUUGUACAACGUACUUUGUUGAGUCUUCCCCGUCAUAAGCAUAUUAAGUUCAUCUCUCAGACAACUAUUUUGGAGUUCAAAUGUGGAGUUCCAGAAAGAGGGCGAUCCUUGCUUGAAGGAAUAUUGCGGGAGUACCCAAAGAGAACAAACUUGUGGAGCAUUUAUCUUGAUCAAGAGAUCCGACUUGGAGAUGUGGAUGUAAUUCGUGCAUUGUUUGAGAGGGCGAUUAGCCUGAGCCUUCCUCCUAAAAAGAUGAAAUUCCUGUUCAAGAAGUAUCUCGAGUAUGAGAAGUCUAACGGUGAUGAAAAACGGGUGGAAUAUGUGAAACAGAAAGCAAUGGACUACGUUCAGAGCACACUAACUUGAUGCCGAUCGAUCAUUUCCCCACCGUACCCGGGCCUGAUAACCUCUGAGAAUGAAUUUAUGUUUUAUGGAAUCAUUUUGCCAUCGACUAAAUCUCAGGGCUUUUUGGCCUCCAAGGAUUGAUGACACAUAAGAGUAAUGUCAAUAUGCUUGGCAGUAGGAGCUCUCUUACCAUUCCACACCAAGUAUCCAAUAUUUGCUCCAUUGUUCCAACACCCAAAAUGGCAUUGUAGUAUUGUUCUUCUC